AUGGUUUUGGAAGACGUCAAGUUCCUGAAUGUCCUCAAGGGAAAACGCAUCAAGCUAACCGUCAAGAAUUUCUGCUACCACGGCGUCCUCCAACACAUCAAUCCCAAUAAAACGCUGGUUUUGGCGCACGUUAGUGGCAGCGACGGCUGUAAAAUACCUGGUUCAAAAUUGUUCUUUGGGCAUCAGAUUCUGAACGUGGAAUUCAGUGAUGAAGCAAACACUGACAGAGGACUUGAAGAGAGCUUACAUGUGGAAAAGUUUCAGCCAUACGGGAAGGCAGUCGCACUGGAUGAUGAUACAGAGGAACAUAUAAACUUUGUGCUCAUUAAUGAGUUUUACGAGAAGUUUGGACCUGCUGUGAUGCACAUCAAGAAGCAGGAUGUGAUCGGUGUGGGAGCUGAUGGAGUUGAGGUGUUUAAGCAUGGCAGACUGUGUUGGCUGCAGAUUGCCACUAGAAACAAUGUAUACCUAUUUGAUAUCCUGCUACUUGGAGCCAGGGCCUUUAAGAAUGGGCUUUCAAUGAUCCUGGAGAAUAAGCACACAGUGAAGGUCGUUCAUGACUGCAGAGCCAUCGCUGGAUGUCUGACUGCUCAGUUUGGAGUACAGCUAACCAACGUCUUUGACACUCAGGUGGCAGAUGUCAUGUACUUCUACUCAGAGACAGGAGGAUUCCUUCCAGACAGAGUCAGCACUCUGGAGGAGGUGGUGAGUCUCCAUCUGAAGGUGCCCUUCUCCCAGCUCUUACCCCUUCAGAUGAAGUCACAGCUCACCAAGGAGAAAGAGAUCUGGCUGAAGAGGCCCUCUCCUGUACCCCUGCUUAAGGUGAUGGCUCUGUCAGUGAUCCACCUUAUGCCUCUCAGACUGGUGCUGCUGGAUACUCUUAUGACAGACUACAUGUCCAUGGUGGAUUCAUACCUCAAUAGCAGUUACUAUGAACCUGAUGAACUGGCGCAUGUCAGCAUGGAGAGUGUGUUGGAGUUGCCCAGAGAGCUCAGACAACUGGAGCAAAUGCGUUGUGAGCGGCAGGAGUGGGCUGCCAGCCACUACCCUUUCACAGAGCAAGGUCUGCUGGCUCGCUUCAACCCCCGAAUUCAGUCUCCACCCCAGACCUCACCUGCAGCACAGGCAGACACCCUUAAACCUGCAACUGUGGAAUCACCUUCCUCAACACCAGUGGAUCCUCUCCGUCACACACCGCCCACGAGCCAUCUGGGAGUUGCUGAUGUUUCUCCUGUGGAUGUCCAUGGCUCCCGCCACCCAGCUGCCCAAGCUCCAGUCCCCGCCACUGUGUCAGACCUCUGGAAAGAAACAUGCAGAAAGAGUUCCCUGUCUCUAGGUGUAGGCAGAGGCCGCACAGAGGUGCUGAUGGAUACACUGGGAAGAGGAAGACCCUUUAGGAAAGAGCAGGCAUCUGUCCCAGCCUUACCCGCGUCAGGAAGAGGCUUCCUUCUCCGGAUAGCACAAGCUCAGAAGCUCCAAGAGCACACUGGUGAUGUGGAAAUUUCCUGGUAGGAAGGGGAUGGCUCCUUCAUGAU